GCAAAUACUUGGCCUUUGGCGACUUGGCGAGCUUAUACAAUAUUUUUUUUAUUCCUGUAAAACUACUGCUAUCCAAAGCAAGAAAAGUUUGGUCUUUCCUGUGCUACGAAUAUGACUACUGGCGAAGAAAAAGCACCGUUAGUCAUUGGUGAAAAAGUAAUCGAAGGUAAGACAAAAAUAGUCUUCGCGUUACCGCAGUCUCCGAACGGCGACCACGUCUUGCUCCGAUCUAAAGACAAGAUCACCGCAGGAGAUGGAGCGCGCAUGCACGAGAUCGAAGGCAAGAGCGCAAUCAGCAACGACACCACAUGCACAAUUUUUGAAUUGCUCAACGCAUGCGGCGUGAAAACCCAUUUCAUCUCAAGACAUGAUGAAACGUCUUUCGUUGCUCUGAGAUGCGAGAUGAUCCCACUGGAAGUCGUCAGCCGGCGCUUAGCAACAGGAUCGUUCCUAAGGCGUAACCCUGGAGUCAAAGAAGGUUAUCGAUUUUCGCCUCCGAAAAUGGAAACCUUUUUCAAAGAUGAUGCGAAUCACGAUCCACAAUGGUCUCAUGAGCAGAUUAUUGAGGCGGAGUUAAAAUAUGCCGGUGUUACGAUUGGAGAACGCGAAAUAGAACUGAUGACGUCAACUGCUAUUGUUGUUUUUGAAAUCCUGGAAAAGGCUUGGGCGACAGUCGACUGCACCUUGGUUGACAUGAAAGUUGAGUUUGGCGUAAAUGCUAGAACCGGGGAGAUUUUGCUUGCUGAUGUUGUCGAUAACGACGCGUGGCGAUUAUGGCCCUCUGGUGAUCGACGCCUGAUGCGGGAUAAACAGGUCUACCGAGAAAUGAAGGAAGUAACCGGCGAAGGCUUGGCUGUCGUCAAGAAGAACUACAAGUGGGUCGCAGAACAAUGUCGUAAUCUAUUGCCUGGGAAGCGUCGGGGCCGUGUUGUGGUUGUAAUGGGUUCGUCGAGCGACCAUGAUCAUUGUAAAAAGAUUGAAGCGUGCCUCAAAGAUCUUGGUGUUUUCGUCGAACUCCGUGUGGCGUCCGCGCACAAGGGAACCGAGACGGCUCUACGCAUCUUGCAUUACUACGAAGGCCACAACAUUCCCACGGUAUUCAUAGCUGUCGCCGGACGCAGUAAUGGUUUAGGUCCAGUCUUCUCUGGCAACACCGCUUAUCCUGUUAUAAAUUGUCCUCCCGUAAAAGCUGAUUGGGGUCCUCAGGAUAUUUGGUCGUCCAUGCGACUGCCGUCUGGUUUAGGCUGCCCGACUGUCAUCAGCCCGGAAGGCGCCGCCCUCGCUGCUGCUCAGGCUCUUGCCAUGUCUGAUCAUAUCGUAUGGAGCAGGCUUCGUGUGAGACAACUAAGCAACCGUGUAAACCUUCUACACGCGGAUAAGAAAAUCGCUACAGACACCCAUUAAUUUCAUAUUUACUGAAAACUUUACGUUGAUUUCUAGACUUGACUGCACUGUACGCAUGCUCAGUAACUUGCUUAGCUAAUAAAUGUUGUAAACGCGUUAGGAACUUGGAGCCUGUUACAGACUUCUGGUAAACAAAAUUAGUGUCAAACAAAAACAAAUAAAUUCUUCAUUAAAAACGUAUA